AUGGUGGCCUGCCAACGCAGAAUCCGGCUGCUGGUCGCGCUCGGUGUGGCCAUCUUCCAAGCAUGUUCUCCCUUGCAUCUCACAGCUCCCGCUGUGAUCGUGACCUUUUGCCACUGGCGCCGCUGGGCUCUGGCCAGAGCCUCCUCAAGUGUGCCGCGGAGGUCCAUGGACACGGUUUUCAGCAUCGUUCAUCCCAACUUUCCGGGCAAGCUGCCCAACGCGGAGAAGAAGUUGCGGAUGGAGACCUUGCUCGAAAGCGCCACGGAGAAGGCCCAAGCAGAAGGCUACGUGUUGGGGACGGACGCCCGGGAUUUUCACAAGCGCAAGGGCUGGAGUACCAGGGACUUGAAGCGAUGGUUUGAGAAGAAUCGGGACGGCCUCUGGUGUCAGCUCGAUUUCUCCGUCCGAAGCCAUGGCAGGGCGCAGAUGACCGUCAUCUCUGCCCCUGUCUGGGGUUACGACAUGGAAGUGCACCUCAGCCAAACGCAAACGGGUUCCAAAAUCGUUGUAGUCAAAGACCUCAUUAACCUCAAGACAUUCUGCGCAGUGGCCGGCAUUGGGUACGUGAAGGCCAAGCGAAAGAACUGA